ACACUUUGGACUUUCUUUGAGGCAGGUAUAUUGGCAUAGAACUUGGCUAUUCAUGCCAUGUUAUCAUCAUAGCCAAGAGGCUACGUUUCUCUGCUGAGUGGACCUGCCUCAGCUCCUGCUCUUGUGCCUCACAUUGCUUGGUCUACAGCUUUGUUUAUCCCAAACUAAGCUGUAUCCCACUCCAGAGAUGUUGCACCUCAUGAGAAGUUGAAAAGAGAAGGAAAAGGUCAACCCCUAAUACUAGAGGAACUAUGCCACUACCAUACAGAGAGGUUGAGCCUGCUUUUGUGGCUAGAGGGACUUUAGAAGGGUCAGGUUAUGGUGUGCCAAAUGAGUUGGAAGAAGUGACUAAUGGGACAUUGGCAAAUGUGAUACGACAACUCUCCAGUCUCAGCAGACAUGCUGAGGACUUGUUUGGGGAGCUGUAUAGGGAAGCAGAAUCACUUGGCGAGAGAGCUGCUUCUCUUAAGGGACGCAUUGAUCGUCUCUCUGUCAAAGUCACACAGUUGGACAGCAGUGUGGAAGAAGUGCAAUUAACAGACAUUCACCAGAGGAAAGCAUUCAAGAGCUCUGCAGUGUUUGAUCAGCAAGUGGUAUCAAGGUCAACUAUGCCUGCUGCCAUGGUCGAGACCUAUCAGCUCUGUGAUCAGCCACCACCCUUAUCUAAGCUGAAUCCAUACAGGGAUGACAAAAAGGAUGGGUUGAAGUUCUACACUGAUCCAGGUUACUUUUUUGACUUGUGGCGGCAAGAGAUGCUCAAGGACACAGAGCGCAUCCUUCACGACAAAGGAAAGCGGCUUCAUCGACCGCGGUCAGAAGGUGGAGGCCGUCACAAACGAAAACCACGUCUCCCUCACGACACAAGAGAAAUUCAGCGACAAAAAGCUGUGGCCCAUGGAGAAUAUCUCAUCAAGUCACCUCAGGGCAUUUAUACACCUUCACCGAUGCACAGUCCCCAGAGUGGAGGAGAGAGCAUGCACAACUCAUCAAUAGAUUCUGGAGGAGGUGGGAUCCCAUCCCGUCCAAACAGCAUUGAAUUCCGAGGUCCCACAAUAUCCUAUGCUCAUGAUGAAGGGACCUACAUCCAGAAAGAUAAUUUUCAUGUCACUCACACACCCACCAAUGCAGGGGAUGGGUAUCAUCUUCCUGCCAUGCAUCAGCAUCAAACCCCACCUCCUUAUAAUGACUCGGGCUACCCGGGAUACCCCCCCCCUCCAUACGCAGUGGGAUCACCCAUCUCUAGUCGAACCAUGGGUCGAGGUCACAAUUCUCCUCGUCCAAAUCAACCUCCACCUGCUCCACCUGGACUGGGACAGGAAAGCCCCAUUUCAAGCCCACAGUAUCCCAUGAUGGGGACUCCCACUCGCUCAUCACGAGCAGGAAGCCUAGGCAGGGAAAACCUCCCUCCUCCACCUCCACCUCCUGAGGCCAAUGCUUCUUUACCUAAUGGACCAAUCCAUGUGCACAUGAUGAAUUCAGGAGGAGGAAGUCUAUCAUCAAUGACAGGAUCCCCAUCAGUUACUAUGCCAAUGGUUAUGGAGCCUAACUCGAUGAUGGAAACCCUACCACCUCCUCCUCCCCCGGUGACCCCACCACCGCCCCCACUUCCACCACCUACAGAAUUGGUGGCCCCUCCACCCCCACCUCCACCCCCACCCCUACCUGUGAAUGGAGAAAGUUUAGGAAAAGAGGAUAAGCCCCUAGCAAAUGGGGAUGUCCCUCAAGCUGUGAAGAUCCAAUCAUCAUCUCCUGUGAAGGUUUCAGCUCCUGCACCACUCUGUGAUGCCAGAAGCGACCUACUCAAGGCCAUCAGAGAUGGUAUCCAACUAAGGAAAGUGGAACAAAAGCAGAGAGAAGUGGAACGAGGUGCCCCAUUACAUGAUGUGGCAUCCAUCUUGGCACGACGUGUUGCCAUUGAGCUAUCUGAUUCUGAUUCAGCCACUGAGAGUGAAUAUGAUAGUGAUGCAUGGGAGGAUGAACCCAGUGUCCUCACAUAACAAAAUUCCUCCUUCUCCUCCAAAAAAAUCAAAAGAUGAAGUUGAAAGGAAUUUAAUCAUCAAUCUUCUCCUUUCUCACUGUGCACCUUCUAUUCUGUUUAUUUAGUUGUAUCCUGUGCAAUUUGAGUAGGAACAGUGAGAGCAACGAAUGACCACUACACCAGGGUCUCAUCUUUCUUUUCUUCUGCAUUCCAGGAAUAUCAUGGAAGUUAUAGCUCUAAUACCCUCCCUGUCAAAACACUCUCUUAUGAAGAUGAUAUUGAAUUGUGUUGAGUCUUGUUAUUUAUUUUUCAUGAGAAGAAGCAUUCAACGACUGGUCGUUGGACCCAUUGCAAAUUAAAUGAAAAUUUUGUUCCCUUUUAGUGAGAUGUAUCACGAGUCACAUUCAUAUGUACUGCAAAAAAAAUUUUUUUCCAACUAUUAUUAUUAUUAUCAUUAUUAUUAAAUGGCCAGGAAUAUAUUUUUAGUGUUCCCUUAUAAUAAAGUUCUCUCCCCUCCCUGAGAUUGAUUGACGAAGGCCAUUUCUGCAAACAAGUGUCUUUAAGCACAAGGACUCUGGUGUCUCAUCAUUAUUUUCUGUUGGGGUCUAGUAAGAAGGUGGUGCUACAUUUUUUUUUACAUGUAUCUGUCAUCUAUGUCAUUCAUCCUUUCUCAUUCGACUUUCUGCUCAAGGAAACAGCUGAAAACUUGCCUUGUGUGCCUAGACAUAACUGAGGAGUGAACUUGCUUGGGAAUGGGGCUUUGCCUCAAAGUUUUGUUCACUGAUUUUGCUGGCACAAAUUGCCUAAAAUGAGGAUAAUGUACAUCUUAUGCAUUAUCCAUGCACACACUUGAAAGGUGUCAUAGGGAUAUUGUUAAGUCCUGGACGCAGGCAAAGUUGCAAGUUGCAUUUUCCAUCUUCCCAUUUCAAGUUGGGAACUACCCCAAUAAUUUCUUCCCAAAUACCCCACAGGGAUAUUAGUGAAGAGGCAUGGAUAGUGAAUGACUGAUGCUGUCAAUUUUGACUGAUGUGUGUAUGAUACUGUUUUGUGCUGACUGUCCAUUUUCCCCUCUCUCCCCUUGUUGCUUUCCCCUGGAAUCAUGAAUGGAACGACAGAUUUUCCCUUCAUCAAUUCUUUGUAUAUUUACAUGUACUGGGAGGAGGAAGCGAUGAAAUAAACGGUCGUUUUUCUA